AAUCGCAAUCACACUGCACACUGCCUUAACCCAUCUGGACAAGAGAAAUAUCUAUAUCUGGCUCAUGAUGGUGAAGAGGGGUGCGUUACGCUUACUGAUAGCUUCUGCUCUGGCAGUCAUGGUCUACGCCAUCUUCACAUUACCCAGGUCACAGCCAGGCAACCACCAGGACCACCAGCACCUCUAUCCGCACCACAUCUCUGACCAGUCCAUCACGCCUGUCAACGACACCAAACACUUCAUGGUGGGGGCCUACAAGGAACAUCGUGUGGAGGGAAGCUCCGUACGCAUCAUCAGUAUCUUCAGACGAGACUCUGUCCAGCCUCUGUACUGUGUGUUCUACUGUGGGACUCACUGGGCUAAUGGAAUGAAGGCUGAAGUCCAGAUGCACUCUGAUCACUUUGGUUUCCGCUUCGUGACGACCGACGUCCUUUGUCCGAAUGUCCCCGGCUGUAACCCGUCGCACGUGACCCUCGCCACACAAGCUGACACCGAGCUCGCUCAGAACCAAACCUUCCUCCGCAUCCAGAACCUUGUGAAAAGGGAGGAAGAGGAGUUUCAGUUCAACUUCACUGUCUGUUGGUCCAAUUUAUUUGGCGAUUAUAACAACGUGCUUCAGGUCACCCAGACUCUGGAGAUGUACAAGCUGUUGGGAGUGCAGCAUGUUGUGGUGUAUAACACCAGCUGUGGAUCAGAUCUGGAGAGACUGCUACAGAGUUACACACAGGACGGCUUUGUGGAGGUGGUGCCCUGGCCCAUCGGCAAAUACAUGAACCCGUCCAGUGGGUGGCAGCCCAGUGAAAAUGGAGGGGACAUCCACUACUAUGGCCAGUUGACCACUCUAAAUGACUGUGUCUACAGACACAUGUAUCAGUCACGCUAUGUACUGCUGAACGACAUCGAUGAGAUUAUAGCUCCAUACCAGCAUCAAACCCUGCCCCAGAUGAUGGACGUACUUCAGAGGCAAAACCCAAAGGCCGAAGUGUUCCUCAUAGAGAACCACAUCUAUCCUAAGUCCCAGUUUGAGCCCAGUGGAAGGUUUGAACUGCCCCGCUGGAGAAAUGUUCCAGGGAUCAACAUCAUGGCGCACAUCUACAGAGAGGAGCCAGACUAUCGCAUCUCCCACCCCUCCAAGAUGAUAGUACGGCCCAGGGCAGUGGAGCAGACGUCGGUCCACUCUGUGCUGCGUAACUUCGGGCAGACAGUGAAGGUUCCUCCUAACGUGUGUCAUAUCAUCCAUGUCAGAGUUCCCCUACGAGGAGGACUGACCAAGGAGGAGCUGCAUGAAGACAAGAGAGUCUGGGACUACGAGAGACAACUGGUGCCUAAUGUAGAUAAAGCACUGGAACAAGCAGGACUACUAAUCGAAGGAAGGAAGGAGUAGUCAGAGAUGGAAGAGGAAGCAUGACAUCCACUCACAAUUUUUAAAAUAUAUAUAUAUACAAUCAAUGAACUCAGCAGACAAGACCUAGCUGCUAUCGCAUUGGUGCCUACGGGACCAAUAUCCCCGAUUGCAGUUUAGACUACCAAAAUCCAGCAAUGGCUGAUGAAUUGGAAUAUUUACCUGGAGAUAACUCUGCAGAUAGCACUGUUCGGUGAUUUUAAAAGUCCUAGUCAAUCAAUGAAUAAUAUAAUAAAACUUCUAGCAAAAUGUUUAUCUUUCAUUUACAAUCUGUAGAAACUAUGAGAAUAGAAUGGUUCAGAACUUUUGUAAAAUAUCACAGCACAGUUGAAAACUAUAUGGCAAGUAGAAAUCCAAUAUGGAUGGUGUUAAGAGAUA